UCAUGUGCACCAUGUGCCAUGAGACCAUUUACUCAUCGUGGUUGGUGUUCAAACCAUCAACUAUCCCAGGCAGCAGCACGAGUCAAACUGACACAGUCGAAACAUUUCAAGGAGUUUUAGCUGCUUAAAGUUUCACAGUCCAGAAAAAACCCUGCGAGACAGAUUUAAUCGACGAUGACAGAUAAAGUGAAAGAGCUGGUCUCAAAGUGCUUGCAGGCCCGUGAUAUGGCGUACUGUCCUUACAGCGCCUUCCCCGUCGGUGCCGCCAUCCUGACAGCAGAUGGCGCUAUAAUCACAGGCUGCAACGUGGAGAAUGCUUCUUAUGGGCUGACGGUGUGUGCUGAGAGGACGGCCGUCCAGAGAGCUGUGAUUGAGGGACACAGAAAGUUCACUGCCAUCGCCGUGACAUGUGACAUCAAAGACCAAUUUGUUGGACCUUGUGGAGCAUGCCGACAGGUUCUCCUGGAGUUCGGAUCAGACUGGACUGUGUAUUUGACCAAGCCGGAUGGAUCUUAUAAGGAAACCAGCAUCAGGGAGCUGUUGCCUUUAGCCUUUUCUCCUGAUGUCCUUGCAAAGAAGCAGUGAGCAUAACAUCUUUCGAUGACAGAGGUGUCAUUGAUGUUAUUAUAACCGGGCCAAAAAGACAAUGCUGUGAAUAUAUAACAGAUUUUUAUGUUGCUUUGUAAACGCUGUUAGGGAGUAAGUACUAACAUGUAACCGAGUGUUAUAAUUCCAUGUUAAAUGCACUUGUAAUACAUCUACCUAGAAAAAUAUAAAAAAAACAAUGAGGUUACUAUGCCAAAUGAUGAUGUUUACAAAUGUUUUACAUCUGAGUUUAUUUUCUAGUGCCUGUAGACUUAAGGUUGAAUACCCUGUUUAAAACAUAUAUUACAAACACAAUAAAGACUACUCACAUUUCACAUUAAAUGUAUUUCAUUAAGUAAACAAAAUUGUUUAUUGCUUAUUUUUCAACGUGUUCAGAAGUGACUGUCUAGAAUUUGUUUCGCUCAAGAAAUAACUAAAUGACAGUAAUAUUUUGAAACUUGUAAUGAAAUCAAUCAAACCUAUUUUGUAAAACAAGUAUUUCAUUAAAAUCAUCACUAUUGCUGUCAUUAUUUUUAUCAUUAUUAUCAGAGGUGUCAAGUAACAAAGUACAAAUACUUCGUUACCUUCCUUAAGUAGAAAUUUUGGUUAUCUAUACUUCACUGGAGUAAUUAUUUUUCAGACGACUUUUUACUUUUACUCCUUACAUUUUCACGCAAUUAUCUGUACUUUUUACUCCUUACAUUUUAAAAAUAGCCUCGUUACUCUAUUUCAUUUCGGCCUUUAAAAAAAA